AAUAUAAAUAUGUACGAAAAGUUAACUAUUAAAGGAGAGCUCAAAUAUAUUCCUACACAAAGAAAAACGCUUAAGGAAGAAGCUGUGCCCACGAUUGAGCAUCAGUUUAUUCCCAUUCCCGAACAUGAACUCCAAGCCAAUACUAUUCACAUAGAGGAAUCUUUCGAACCAUACCCCAAUCAACCUAAGGACGAGCAGCAACAACAAAUCAAUGCCGAGCAACAGGAAUUAUCAGAAGAUCAAAAUGAUUCUAAUAAUUUAAUGGAUUAUGAAAUGAUACAACAGGACUUUGCGGAACCAUUGUUUAGUCAAUAUCAGGAUACUAAUGUAACAAUAAAUCCAAUAGAGAAUUUUAAAAGUAAGUUUCGGGCAUUUUCGUUGUUGCUGCCUUUUUGGCUACAUGCAGAAAAUCCUAAUGGGCUGGUAUUUAUGCGAAUGGAUCCAAAAACUCAGAAGAUUAAACAUCAUAUACGUUUAAACGAUGAUCUAACUGUCACUGUAAUUUUUCCCAAUAAUGAACAAUUGCCACUAAAGGAGAAAAUUAAUUCAUAUGACAACACCUACGAUUACUUAAAAUCGGUUGAAAGAUGGCCUUUGUGCGUUGGUACUCAGAUUGACGACAAUAAGUAAGUUUUGGUAGAUUGUUAACCAAGGGAUGAACGCAGUGAGAGUAUAGUCCGAGGCUAAAAUGAUGCCAUUCACCCGAGUUAAACACUCUACUUUUCAUUUCGAAUACGAGGAACCUAGCCCCAAAGCUUGUACUAUGGGUGUAGGCGAUAAUACAACUGUUUGCAGUUGUCUUAUGAAUAUAUAUACCAUAAUGUAACAGUUGUAUUUAAAAUAAAAGGAUAACUCGUAAGCCUAACUUUGAUUUUAUUUAACAUUUUUGUCAUUCAAAAUAUUGUAUGUAACGGUACAUUAAAUAGGUCUUAAUUCUUGAACCUAUCCUAUUAAAACUCGACUUUUAUGUGUAUUUUAAGAACCCUUAUUAUGUAGGUACCUGUAGAUUAAAGCACUAUUUAUACAUAAACAAUGGUACAGGAGAAUAAUAAAAGAUAAAAACGAAUUUAUCUAAUAUAUAAUUACAUCAAUUUUCAGAUUUUGUAAAGGUGUGAUUAUUGGUGAUGAUACUUACGAAAGAAAUCAACAGUACCCAAGAUGUAAAUCUUGUCGAAUAUUACGAAAUCGUUUGCAGAACCGUAAUUCCACUUCAACUCUAUUACAAAAAAUGGCAGAAGCAAAACGGCGCGCUUCAA